UGCGUGGGUGGAUCGUUUCGGCCGAGUUAGUAACGGCGCUGCGCAGCCUGCGGGCGUUACUGUGCCACGCGCCGCCGGGUGGUUAUAUCGAGGCUCAGUUAGCUCUCAGGCCGGCAGCGCAGGUUUGCCUUGGUUCGCCGGACCCAAGGUCUGUGAGCGGCCACGAUGUCGAUCUUCACCCCCACCAACCAGAUCCGCCUGACCAAUGUGGCCGUAGUACGAAUGAAGCGAGCCGGGAAGCGCUUCGAAAUCGCCUGCUACAAAAACAAAGUCGUGGGCUGGCGGAGCGGCGUGGAAAAAGACCUUGAUGAAGUUCUUCAGACCCACUCAGUGUUUGUAAAUGUCUCUAAAGGUCAGGUUGCAAAGAAGGAAGAUCUCAUCAGUGCGUUUGGAACAGAUGACCAGACUGAAAUCUGUAAGCAGAUUUUAACUAAAGGAGAGGUUCAAGUGUCAGAUAAAGAACGGCACACACAGCUGGAGCAGAUGUUUAGGGACAUUGCAACUAUUGUGGCCGACAAAUGUGUGAACCCUGAAACAAAGAGACCGUACACCGUUAUCCUUAUCGAGAGAGCCAUGAAGGACAUCCACUAUUCGGUCAAACCCAACAAGAGUACAAAACAGCAGGCUUUGGAAGUGAUAAAGCAGUUAAAGGAGAAAAUGAAGAUAGAACGUGCUCACAUGAGACUUCGGUUCAUUCUUCCAGUGAAUGAAGGGAAGAAGCUGAAAGAAAAACUCAAGCCACUCAUCAAGGUUAUAGAAAGUGAAGAUGGUCAACAGUUAGAUAUUGUGUGUCUCAUCGACCCCGGCUGCUUCCGAGAAAUCGAUGAGCUCGUAAAAAAGGAGACAAAAGGCAAAGGCUCUUUGGAAGUACUCAGUUUGAAAGACGUGGAAGAAGGAGAUGAGAAAUUGGAGUGACAGUCAUCAGUCUCUUCAGCUGUCAAACACUAAAGCGUUUGCGUUUCCCACAGCCCUGUUUUCUUUCUGUGAUCUGCCAAAUACUUGCUCAGAUGAGUUGACACUUUCCAUCUUUGUGGCAAACAUGUACACAAAAAGACUUUCCUACGUAAGUAUUAUAAUGUGGGAUUCAUUUAGUUUUAAUUAUCAAAUAGGGUUUUAGGCAAAAGUGAAAUACAGAGUCCAGAGUAGCAUUUUGUUACUGCCUCAUGCCUUUGAGCUUUCCAGGGUGAAAGUUAUUUGACACAACUCUUGUGGAUAAAAAAUAAGUUUUGUACAUUAUAAGAAAACAACUUUGGGAGGAUAUAUCUGUAUGACAGAAAGGGAGGAUUUGCCAAAAAAGAAAAUGUGUAAUGUCUUAUUUCUACUUAAUGAAAUGUGUGUAUAGGGGUAACUGUCUCGUGACCUAAUACAAAGCUUGGAUGAUGA